AUGCCUAUAAGGCAGCAAAAAGGCAUUGAAAAGACUCCAAAGAAUACUUUUUUUCCAAAACUUAUAUUUUUCAGCUAUCAUGGAACCUCUGAUCUCCAACUCGAACGGAUGAAUGUUUAUUUCAACGAGGCAUCUGGUGGGAAAUACGUGCCUCGUGCAGUACUGGUUGAUUUAGAGCCCGGUACAAUGGAUGCAGUACGUUCUGGGCCAUUUGGGAACCUGUUUCGACCAGAUAAUUUUAUUUUUGGUCAAUCAGGUGCAGGAAAUAACUGGGCAAAAGGGCAUUAUACAGAGGGAGCGGAAUUGGUAGAUACUGUGUUAGAUGUAGUUCGUCGGGAAGCCGAAGCAUGUGAUUGCUUGCAAGGAUUCCAGAUUACACAUUCAUUAGGUGGUGGAACGGGUGCAGGCAUGGGAACUUUGCUAAUUUCGAAAAUUCGAGAGGAAUAUCCGGAUCGGAUGAUGGCAACGUUUUCAGUGGUUCCCUCACCAAAAGUUUCCGAUACAGUUGUAGAGCCAUAUAAUGCAACAUUAUCAGUGCAUCAAUUAGUUGAAAAUUCCGAUGAAACAUUCUGUAUCGACAAUGAAGCAUUAUAUGAUAUUUGUAUGCGUACAUUGAAAUUGCCGGAUCCAGGAUAUGGUGAUUUGAAUCAUCUUGUCUCGGCAGUAAUGAGUGGUAUUACAACUUGUCUUCGAUUUCCUGGACAACUCAACUCGGAUUUGCGUAAAUUGGCCGUUAAUAUGGUGCCGUUUCCUCGUUUGCACUUUUUCAUGGUUGGGUUUGCUCCAUUAACAAGCAAGGGAUCACAUUCAUUUCGGUCAUUGACAGUUCCUGAAUUGACUCAGCAAAUGUUUGAUGCAAAGAAUAUGAUGGCAGCAUCGGAUCCGAGACAUGGUCGCUAUUUAACUGUUGCAGCGAUUUUCCGCGGUACUGUUUCCAUGAAGGAGGUUGAAGAUCAAAUGCAUAAUGUUCAGCAGAAGAACUCUUCAUAUUUUGUUGAAUGGAUUCCAAACAAUGUGCAAACCGCGCUAUGUUCUAUUCCACCACGUGGUCUCAAAAUGUCAUCAACGUUUAUUGGCAAUUCAACAUCUAUUCAGGAACUAUUUAAACGUGUGGGCGACCAAUUUGCUGCAAUGUUUCGACGCAAAGCUUUCUUACAUUGGUACACUGGUGAAGGAAUGGAUGAAAUGGAGUUUACAGAGGCUGAAUCUAACAUGAAUGACUUGGUAAGCGAGUAUCAACAAUACGAAACAGUAGGUAUUGAUGAUGAUGAUGCUGAACUUGAAGAAGAAGUAGAAAUUGUUACUCCUAUUUUUACUUAUUUUUCCCAUUCUAGACAGCCAUAUACUUCAUUUUCUCAAGUCCUUGUAUUUUUUUGA